AUGGAAGGAGAAAUACCCAACUUCAUCAUGGUAUGGAUCUUAGCUGUGGCUUCACUGUCCUACUGUCACACCAUAGGGAAGCUCACUUCUCCCGGUUUAACCAGGCUCCUUGCCAUACUUCCAGUCAUAUUUUUCUUCUUCUUCCUUCCUCUCAAUCUCACCACCAUUUUCCUUGGAGGCCCUUCCUCUUUCUUUCUUGCUUGGCUUGCCAACUUCAAGCUCCUACUCUUUGCCUAUGGCAAAGGCCCUCUCUCCACCACCCCACCCAUCUCCAUCUCCCAUUUCAUUCCCUUGGCUUGCCUUCCAAUCAAAUUCCGAAAAGUUGAGAACAAAAUAAAAUCAGGGUCUUCAGCAUCUGCCCCAAAAGGCCAGAAAUCUCCUUUUAACUAUGCGAUCAAAGCUCUAAUCUUUGCCACAUCUCUACACGUUUUCCACAACAAACAAUAUAUCCACCCAAAAGUCAUACUCUUCCUCUACUCAAUCUACAUGUACACUGGCCUUGAACUUGUCCUGGCAUUGGUUGCUUCCUUGGCUCAAGCCUUCCUCGGUGUCGAUUUCGAGCCACAGUUCGACGAGCCUUAUCUGGCCACGUCACUCCAGGACUUCUGGGGACGAAGGUGGAACAUCAUGGUCAGUAGAAUCCUGCACCCUACCGUAUACGACCCCGUCCGGAGCAUCUCCAGCCGCGUGAUCGGGAACAGGUGGGCCCCGCUUCCAGCUGUGAUCGCUACCUUUUUCGUGUCGGCAGUGAUGCAUGAGCUGAUCUUCUAUUACAUUGGACGAACGAAGCCCACGUGGGAGCUCACGUGCUUCUUUCUACUCCACGGGGUGUGUUUGGCCGUUGAGAUUAUGCUCAAGCAGGCGUUUGACGGUAAAUGGCGGUUGCCUGCGGCCUUGUCAGGGCCGUUAGCAAUGACGUUUGUGGUGGUGACGGGGCUGUGGCUGUUUUUGCCGUCUCUGUUGGUGCGGUGUGAAGCGGACGUGAUGGCAUACAGAGAAUAUGUGGCUUUCACCGAGUUUAUGGAAAAUGUUAGCAACUUUGUUAAACCCAAUUCUCUCUUAAUUAAGCGUAGUUGGUAA